AUGCAACAACCACAAGGUCAUCCACAGUUCACACAAGGAUUUGCUCCCGGUCGUCCAGCGCCAUCUCCUCCUAUACCUGCCGGCGCCUCACCAGGCGCACGACCUUUACAGCCAGCCCCUGUGACUCAACAACCGAUCGAUCGAACCAUGUCGCCCAUGACUGCACACCACCACCAGCAGCAACAAGUGCCUGGAACACCUCCGUUACAAAGUCCUGGAUCUAUUGCCACAGGCCCACCUGGAUCACCCACUGUGGGCCAACAGCAACAAACACAACAACAGCACGCAGAACAUCAUCGACGUAAAAGAAUGUAUCCACAACAAAUCACAAAAGCAUACAUGGAUGAACCUGGUGGUUAUGGCGGUGCUGGCGCUGGUUAUGUACAGCAGCAGCAGCAGCAGCAGCAGCCACAAAUGGGCUCACCCGCAAUUGGCACGACUGCUGCACCUGCAUACGGACAAUCUCCAGCUUAUGGCCAGCAACAACAACAACAGCAGCCCCAGCCCCAGCCAAUGCAACAACAAGAUCCUUAUGGAUAUAGUCAAGGUGGUGGUAUGAACAACAUGACAGCACAAUUUGGAAAUAUGAGUAUGGGUGCAUCUGCGUCUCCUAUGCCACAAUCUAUCGCGUUAUCUGGUACACGACCAAAUAUUGCGGAUUUGAAGUCUCCACAGCCGGCUGUUAGAUUACCUUCGAAUACUUCGCUGACGGACUCGCCUUAUGCCAAUUGCGAUCCAUCAUAUAAAUGCAGCACGUUGAAUGCUAUUCCGGCAACGGAACAGUUAUUGAAAAAGUCGAAGUUGCCUCUCGCACUUGUGCUAGCACCAUAUCGAACUGUGAGCGAAGGAGAAGAACCUGUUCCUGUCAUUUCUGAUAGUGUUAUUGCUAGAUGUCGUCGAUGCAGAACAUAUAUCAAUCCAUACGUUACCUUUGUGGAAGGUGGCCAACGCUGGAAGUGCAACAUGUGCUUCCUACUCAACGAUGUCCCAGCCGCGUUUGAUUACGAUGCUGUGAACCAGAAGCCAAUGGAUCGAUGGAAGCGUGCUGAAUUGAAUUAUGGCACUGUCGAGUUUGUGGCACCUACGGAAUAUAUGGUUCGCCCACCACAAGCACCAUCCUAUGUUUUUGUCAUUGAUGUGUCACACUCGGCAAUCCAAUCUGGAAUGCUUGCGACGGCAGCGCGAACGAUCUUGGACUCUCUGGACCGUAUCCCAAACAAGGAAAACAGGACACGCGUAGCCAUUAUAACUGUAGAUAGCUCACUCCAUUUCUACAAUCUCAGCUCGGACACAGGCGAAGCUCAAAUGCUUGUCGUCUCGGAUAUCGACGACGUCUUUAUUCCUCAUCCUGGCAGUUUGCUUGCGAAUCUCACUGAAAACAUGGAAACGAUCAAAGCGUUAUUGGAAAAGCUGCCAGAAAUGUUCAAGGACACAGUCAACGUAAACAAUGCAUUGGGUAGUGCUUUGCAAGCUGCAUACAAAUUGAUGUGCACACAAGGUGGUAAAAUCGUUUGUUUGCAAUCAACUCUUCCUAACACUGGCGUGGGGGCCCUUAAAGGUCGUGAAGAUGUUAAACUCCUGGGAACACCCAAGGAAUCCACGCUGCUCAAUGCUGCUUCGCCUUUCUAUAAAUCAUUCGCAGUUGACUGCUCACGUUCACAAGUCGCUUGUGAUAUGCUCAUUUUUGGUGGACAAUACUCGGAUGUGGCAACGCUAAGCUGCUUGCCUCAUUAUACUGGAGGUCAAACAUACUACUAUCCUGGAUUCAAUGCAGCCCGCACAGAGGAUGCCUUCAAAUUUGCACACGAAUUCUCAGAGCUGUUGGGUGAAGAAAUCGGUUUGGAGGCAGUUAUUCGUAUCCGAGCAUCGCGUGGUCUUCGCAUGAAUGCAUUCCAUGGCAAUUUCUUUAUCCGUUCAACCGAUCUGUUGGCACUGCCCAAUGUACCAAGGAACCAAUCUUACUGUGUGGAAGUGGCCAUUGAGGAUGAUAUCAAGACGCCCACGGUCUGUUUUCAGACGGCAUUGCUACACACAACUUGCCAUGGCGAACGACGUAUCAGAGUUGUUACACUGUGUAUACCGGUAACCACAUCCAUUUCCGAAAUGUACGCCAAUGCAAAUCAACAAGCUAUCGCGGACUAUCUUGCCAACAAAGGAGUCGAGCGUGCAUUAUCUUCCAAACUUGACGAUGCUCGGGAUGCAAUUGUCAAUAAAGUUGCUGACAUAUUCAGUGUUUAUAAAUCACACGUAUUGGGCUCCGGACCUGGAUCUACUCCACAACUGACAGGGCCUAGUAAUCUCAAUUUAUUGCCAUUAUUAGCUCUUUGUUUGAUUAAGCAUGAUGGCUUGCGUCAAAGCUCACAAAUACCAACGGAUCUACGUUCGAAUGCCAUGAAUCUUCUUCGAACGAUGCCUCUACAAUUAUUAUUACCCUAUAUUUAUCCCAACUUAUACUCGUUGCACAACAUGCCGCCCGAGGCCGGCGAAAUUUCAGAGAAUGGCGUAGCGCUCCCACCAGCCUUGAAUCUUACAGUCGAAAACCUCGAGCUCCAUGGUUGCUACUUGUUAGAAAAUGGCCAAAACAUUUUCUUGUGGGUGGGUCGCGGUGUUGUUCCACAGCUAUGCGCUGAUCUUUUCGACGUUAAAUCCUACGAUGGUCUUCGUGGUGGCAAGAUCACCAUGCCAGUAUUGGAAACGCCAAUCAACAAAAAGGUCAACAUGCUUAUUGGCAAAAUACGCGAAAUGCGACGCGGAAACUAUUUUCCAACACUUUAUCUUAUCAAAGAAGAUGGCGAUCCCUAUUUGCGGAUGUGGUUCUUGUCACAUCUCGUGGAAGACAGGACAGAUAAUAUCAUGUCGUACCAACAGUUCCUGCAGCACAUCAAAACUGCUAUUAAUUAA